AUAUCGCCACCUGCUGGACUGGAGGUUGAAGCGACAGAGCAGAACAUGUGAGCUGGUGACAGCUUUGUGCGGUAGCUAACUGUGGUGUAAUGGCGUCUUCAGUCAGUUAGAGGUAAACCCCUGGUUUACCUUGUUUUGUUGCUAAACUCUACCGUGUCCCGCCUGUCCGGCCCAGAGAAGCGGGAAGAGAGGGGCGCUGCUGGGCUGUAACAUAGUACUGCUCCUGCUAGCUUAGCUAACGUCAGCCAGCUAACCCACUGCCAGCGGUAAACACUCGGGUCAAAAAUGGCCUCGGUUUCGAUUCCUGCCUGCACCACUGCACUUUUACUGGACAUCGAGGGAACCACUACGCCAAUCACAUUUGUUAAGGACAUACUGUUUCCUUAUAUCAGAGAUCAUCUUGAGGAUCACCUGUCCGCUCACUGGGAGGAAGAUGAGUGCAAACAAGAUGUCCAUCUGCUCAAAAAGCAGAUGGAAGAGGACAUGAGGCAGAACCGGGCGUGUCCCGUCCACACCGUGGACCAGACGGUCCACACGGACGAGGAGAAGGCCAUCAGGGAGGUGGUGGAGAACGUGAUGUGGCAAAUGGCGGCGGAUAGGAAGUCCACGGCGCUCAAGCAGCUGCAGGGCCACAUGUGGAGGGCGGCCUACACGUCUGGGAGAAUCAAAGGCGAGAUCUACCCCGACGUGGUGCCGUCCAUCAAAAUGUGGCGGGAACGCGGCCUGAAGGUUUACAUCUACUCCUCUGGCAGCGUGGAGGCCCAGAAGCUCCUGUUCGGACACUCGGUGGAAGGAGACGUUUUAGACCUCUUCGACGGCCACUUCGACACCACGAUAGGAGCCAAAGUGGACUCAAAGAGCUACGAGCGGAUCGCCGAGCGGAUCGACAGUCAGCCGGAAGAAAUCACCUUCCUCACCGACGUCAGCAGAGAGGCCAAAGCGGCGGAGGAAGCCGGGCUGAACGUCCUGCUAGUGGUCCGGCCCGGAAACAUGGAGCUGACGGACGAGGAGAGCGCCCACUACAACCUCAUUACCUCCUUUAGUCAACUUCAGCUGACGGGGCGAGCUUAACGCUGAGGCAGUCCGCUUCUCCUCUACCAUCCCUGACUUUCUUUCUUUUCUUUUUUUUUUAACUUUUAUAUCUACUCUGGUGUUCUUGAUUUUGACUGUUGGCAGGAACUGGGACUUUUUAUUAUUUUUUGUUUACUGUAUGGCUAAUUAUGUAGCCUUGAAUAAGUAUUCCUCUUCCUCAAACUUUUCCACAUUUUGUCAUUUGCCAUAGCUCGAAACUUCAGUAUAUAUAUAUUAUAUAUAUAUUAUAUAUAUAUAUACAGUCAGCCGUAGACCAACAAAACAUUGUGCGUAAUUGUGAUGAAAAUCUGGUACAUAAUUUUAAAAAAUUUACCAAAUUUUUGCCGCGGCUCUUGGGCUCAGUCAGGUGAACAUGAUGCUGCCACCACCGUGUUUUUUUGUGACGAUGAAAGCUUGCCGUGUGCCCUGCGUGAUUCUGAAGCAAAGUUCUCUACCAAUCGCUUCAGUGGGUCUCUGCUUUGACUAGACCACUCCAACACGAGAACAUUGCUCAUUAGGGUCACUCCACCUCCGUCUCAAGGGUUUUACGGCUUUCCAGCAGGUUUUCUUUCCAUCAAUAGAAACCCCACAACAUCACGUUGUCACCACUGUGCGUCGCAGCGAAGAUGUUUUCAGAAUAGUUUGCAUUGUUGCUCUUUAAGCUGUGUGGGUUUUUUAAAAAUAUCUCUACAACUACAACCCUGUUUGUUCUCUAAUAUACCUGCGACGCCUUCACAGAACAUCUGGAUUUCUCAGUCUCUCCAGAGAGAUGCUACAAAUGCAAAUUCGGUCGUUGUUCUUGCAAUUUCGCUUCAUUUUCAGCUUCAUCCUUUUCUGACCAACCACUGCAUCUCUCCACCAGAAGAUAAAAGACGAGCUAGCCCUUGCAACUCUGUCAUAUUAGGCUUGUUGCUACUUCUUUUGCAGUCAUUGCUUUCCAGUCAAUCCUUUUCCAUUUCUCUACAGAAGUUGUGUUCGCUGUUGCUUUCCACACAUUUAAAAUACAUUUUUAAUGCCCAUCAGUCAGAGAUUAGACGUUAGUGCAGAGGCAGCAGCAGGACAAUGACAUGGGUUUUUUUCUGAGAGGAUAGAUUACAACUUGAUGAGAAAGUCAGAGGAAAGGGAAGGUUAUGUGUAACAUUUCAAGUUUUUUACAAGAUGGCAAAAAUAAAGUAAAAAAUAAAACAUCACAAAUUUACUUAAAAUGUGCUGCAAAAUGAGUAAUUUUAGGCCACGACGUAGAUGAAAAUGACUAAAACCUUCUCUGUCCACUGCGAUUAUAUUUAAGGGUAUCAGAGUAAAGCAGCUGAAUAGAAAUAACUUCAGAUUUUGUAUUUGCUAAAAAUGUUAUUUGCUUCCACUUUACUAUUAUUUGCUCCUUUUUUAUGUUGGUCUAGUCCAUAAAACACAUAGAAGUUUGACAAAAUGUGGAAAAGCUGAAUGCUCUUUGCUUGGCGUUUGUAUCCCUGAAAUCACGGCAGGAAUGCCUUCAUUUGUACAGAGUGAUGUAACGACCAGAAGCGGGAGGUCGGUGUCAUGGCAACCCAAACUGGACUGUGAGACCGUGGAUAGGUGCUGUGCAAUCACAGAAACUGUGAGGUUAUUACUUGACGUUUGAACUUUUAGGUGAACCGUGUGUCUGACUUCCACUUUCCAGCUGUUUGUGUAGGAGCGUGAUGUCACCGUCGUCUGCCUGUGCGACUACGAGACGCUCUUCAUUCGGAACCUCUGGUUGUGUUUUAGAGCGUAGAAUCACUGUGUGAAAGUCUUAACCUCACGGCAGGCAGACGUUGUCUGUCUUAACGUGUGUCGUCUGUAACGGAGGAGGAAAACGGUGCCGGAGCGACGAUCAAAUGUGUAAACGGAGUCGGUACUAAUUCAGAAAUAAACACCUUCUCUCACACAAGACGCCUGCGUCUCUUUAGUUUGAGCCGUUUUAAAAUGAAACUAUAAAAACCAUUUAUUUUAUUUUUUAUUUUUUUUGACGAAACUCUUGUAUGCAAUGAUUGAAUAUCUAAACUUUUACUACUAGGAAACUGUCGGCAUCUUGACUUUGAAGCAGAAAUGAAUUUUUAGCAAACUCGGUUAGCUUUAGCUAACUACCUAUCAUUGUUAUGAUAAGUAGGGGAUACAUAAAAUUUUGUAUGAACCAAGUUUACAUAGAGCCACAGAUGUACAAUAAAGAAUAAGAAAUUCCAUCUUAUUUCACUUGGACAAUUUUUCCUUCCACUCAACUUUCUACCCUAUCUAAUACGCUUGGAGACAUCAAUGGAACAUCCAGCUUUAAUAAUUUUGUGGUUUUCUCCACAACGUGGAAAGUGUCAGUUAUUUAUUUUUUAUUUUUCUUAUGUAUUUAAUACUCAGAAUUAGUCAAAUUGAGUUUUAGCUUUUCGUAGCUGUAAGCCAGAAUGAUUUACAUGAACAUCUGAAACAUUUUCCUGUGUAAUGAGUCCGAGUUGAACUUCUUGAUCUGCUCUGCUGAAAUGAAUGAACCUUUCACAUAUGUGACGCAUGCAGAACAAGAGAAUAGAAAUGAAGUACAACACUAUAGUAAUAACAUACAUUCUUGUAAUCAAAAAUAAAAGUACACAUUUUUCUGUCAUGAAAAUCUCAACUUAUAGCUUUAAACAUUUAAAAUCUAUUUGUUUGGCAUCUCUUCCAGUUUGAUGGUAUAUUUUUACCAAGGCUAAACCAGCCAUAUGUUGACAUCCUAUAACAAGGAGGUCAACAUUUUCAAAGGAUUCAGUCCAGAACCUCAUCAGAGUUCAUGAGUUCUACUUUUUCUCUGUCUACUCGUCUGCAGUUUCACACAUUAUAAUCCAAACAUGUUUUAGAGCUCACACAUUGUUCUUCAACUCCAUGUCUCCAAUUGGAGACAUGGAGUUGUCCAAUACCAAACCAACAAAUCUCCUCUAUUCUGCUCAGAAUUUGUGAUAAAUUUAAGGUCCCUGACAUAUUUAAUUUUUUCACACUGCGACUCAGCUGUUGCAUUGAUCAAAUCUGAUUUAUACAAGCCUGCCUGUCUGCCGUCCAUCAGUGCAGGAUCAUAGUGUCACAUCCAGCUUAGCGGCGAUCAGCACCAGUUAGAAGACCAAACUUCCUUAGAUGUAAACAUGAAGCUGUAUCAAGUAUCUCAUUAAGACAAAUCAAAAUAUAUCAUGAAGAUAAA